AUGGACGGGGGGUUCCCCCCGCUGCUGAUGCUGGGGCUCCUGAGCGCGCGGGGGGCGGCGGAGCCCGAUGCCUCUGCCAUCCUGGUCUCCAAGCGGGGGCUGCGCGGCCCCCUCGGCCGCUCCGUGUCGCUGGACCCGGGUGCGGCCGGGGGACAGGUGUCGGGUUGCGGUGCUGGGGAGCGGGGCAGCCCCACAGCCUGCCGGCGCCUUGCAUCCCCUGCGCCCUCGCCCGCCGGGCAGGUCACCUACACCCACUUCGGGGCCCGCAGCCCCGGCUGGUACCGCCUGCGCCUCCAGCUCCGCGACGACUCGCCCUGCCGGACCCUCGUCGUGCCUUUCACGCUGGAGGGGGAGAUAAAUGCUCUUCCAGCAGCUGCGCCUCCUCACCAUCAACCUGCCCCCUGCCCGUGGAGAAGCUGCGGGGGCUCAGCGCCCCCCUGGACGCGGAACCUGCUGCAGGCGUGCGGGGCCACCCGCGACAGGCACACGGCGGCCGCCGCCUCCCCCGGGCGGGACGGCAUCCCGGCGCGGGUGUCCGUGCUGCCGGCCGCCGGCCCGGGGCAGCAGGAGUACUUCCAGGUGCUGGUGGGGAUCCACGAAGGGGCCGACAGCACGUCUCCCGAGCCCAGCUUCCUGGCGCUGCUUAGGAUGGAGGUGGACCUGUUUGUGCUCACAGCCCUCACCCUUGACGUGCUGGCUGCUGAGGACCUGGAGCCCCCCCCCGGACCUCCUGAUCUUCACCUCACCUCUGUCUGGCCCAGCAAUGCAUGGCAGCAAGGCUUCCUGCUCAGCGCCGAUGACCCCAGUCACCCUCUCGUUGCCUUCUCACAGCAGGACCUGAGGGAGCUGAAGAUUGCUUACCAACCCCCUAUCCUGGACUCAGACCAGGAGCAGCUUUUCCAGGUGGAAGUGGAAGUCCUGGACCCUGAUGGUGUCUCCUCAGAGCCUUUUGCAUUCAUGGUCCUGGUAAAGCCUAUGAACACGUUGGCCCCUGUGGCCACUUUCAGUCAUGUGGCUGGCCCACAGCUGCUGCUUUCUGAGGGCCGGUCAAGGGCCCUGUCUGGCAACUUGGAGAUCAGUGAUGAGGACAAUCUGAAACAGGUGAAGGUCUGGGUCAUGCAGGGCCUGUGAUACGGGAAGCUCAAGGUCCUGGGUGUACCCCCCAGCUGCAAUACUGCUGCAGAGCUAGCAGCAGGGCAGGUGAUUUACCAGCACGACGGCAGUGAGCACAGCUACAGUGACAACAUUAUCUUCCGCAUGGCAGACGGGCAGCACCGGGUCGAAUUUCUGUACCCCAUCGCUAUUGCUGCUGCUGCUGAUCAGCCACCGCUGCUGAAUGCAAAUACAGGGCUGGUGCUGAGUGAGCACCAGGCUGUCCAAAUCUCACCUUUUGUCCUUAGUGCCACAGACAUUGACUGUGAUGAUACCUCUAUCUGAUUUGUCCUCGUUGGGGAUCCUGCAGUGUCCCUACUAUGCUCCCACUGAUUUGGUGAGCUGCUGCUGCAUCAGACAGAGCAACCAGCAUCUUACAAGAGCAAAGAAAGUGGAAAACGGUUGGACAGUGACUCCUCUUCCUCCCCCUGGCACUUUGUGGAGGAUGAGCACAUGUACGAGAGGGUGGUAAACGAGUGGCUGCAGCAGGACAUCCUCCCUGGGAGUCUGUUCUUCAGGCACAUGGGAGCUCAGUGCACCAGCCCAGUGAUGCGCCACAUUGUGUUCCAGCUGCAGGAUGACAAUGACCCCCCUGACAGUGAGCACAUGCUCCCCUGAUCAGUUAAAGUCCAACUGGUAGACAGCCUGCGACCUGUGCUGUGGCCAGGUACUAGCCUGCAGAUGACAGUGCAGGAGUAUCAGCUGACUGUCUUUAAGAAGCACCAUUUAUGGUAUACUGACCUGGAUACAGGUGUCAGGGAACUGAAGUACAUUUUACUGACACCCGCAACUGAUACAGAUGAGAACCACUCUGUGGUCACUGGAGAGAUUGUGUUGGCCGACAGUCCUGAGACAUCCAUUACACGUUUCACCCAAGGUCAGGUCAACCACCACAAGGUGGCAUAAUGACCCUCAGAUCAGGAGCUGGGGAUUGCACCAUGCAUGGUUCAGUUCACAUUCCUUGUAGAGGACUCAGCUGGCAAUCCUCUACAAGGUACCUUUACACUCUUCCUACAGCCAGUGGACAACCAGCCACCUCGGAUCACUAAUACAGGCUUCACUGCGCUUGAGGGAAACACCUUCCUUCUCACUAGCAAUUAGCUGGAUGCCACAGAUGAGGACACACCUGCAGACCAGAUUGUCUUCACAAGUCAAGCUCCGGAGCAUGGCCAUUUACAUCAUCUGCAGGAGGGCCUGAUGGUGCAAGGGGAUUCCUUCCUGCUAGAUGAUGUUGCUGGUGGGCGCAUCUCCUACGAGCACAGCGGUGAUGAGUAUGCCAGUGAUUCUUAUCAGUUGGAAGUGAGUGAUGGAGUCCAUCAUGUGCUGAUCACAGUCAAGAUUGCUGUGCAGUCUGUGGAUGAUGAAUACCCAAGUAUUGUUCUCCCCAGUGGUCACAGGCAGGUGGGAGCAGUCAUUGAUGUCCUGGAAAAUGGUGCUACUGAAAUUACUACAUCACUUAUCCAGGGUACAGAUGAGGAUACAGAUGACUUGGUGCUGACCUUCAUUGUGCAGGAUCCCCCCAGGCUAGGUGACAUCCUCAUGGAUGGAGUGUGAUCAGAAAAAUUUACCCAGCGUGACCUCAUCAGCGGAGCAGUAGCCUACACUCACACCAGCAGAGAGAUUGGCUUGAAAAAGAGGUAUGAUUCCUUCAACCUCACCAUUUUUGACCUCUCCAGUGAAUGGGUGGCAGGAGGCAGCACAGUACAAAGGGGGUGUGUGGCUGUAACUAUAUCACUUGUGGACAGCAUUGCACCUUGAGUGAUGGGUGGUGUCCUUGAGGGAGGGAAGCGUACUCUAACUCUGGGUGAGCUGAAUAUGGAGGACAUAGAUACUUGAAAAGAUGAUAUCUUGUGCAUUGUUACAGUUCAAUCCACUUCAGGAUAUUCGGAGAAUGUUUCUCCAGCUCCAGGGUCCAAGAAGUCUAGAGUUGGCACUGCCAUUAGUGCUUUUUCACUCAAAGUGCUUUUUCAGUCAAAGAUGUUUGUCGGCCAUGUCAACUAUGUACAGAGCAUUCACAAAGGCUUGGAGCCUGUGGAGGAUAGACCCACUUUCCAGUGCUCUGAUGGUGUUAACUUCUCGCCUCACCAGUUCUUCCCCUUCGUCGUCAUCCUCACCAAUGAUGAAAAGCCAGAACUUGUGCAUGAAUUCAUGGUGCUUGAAGGGAUGAGCCUGGUGAUUGACACCCCCAUCCUCAGUGGAGCUGAUGCAGACAUGCCUCCAGAUGAACUACAUUUUGUUAUUGCUGUUCCUCCUAAGCAUGGGCAGAUUGUGUGGCAGCUGUCCACAGACACUGCUGUUCAGAGUUUCACCCUGGAGGAGAUUCAGGAGGCUUCCAGCAUUGUGUCUGAGCAUGAUGACUCAGAGACAAAAGAUGAUAGCUUCCAAAUUCAGCUGACUGAUGGACACCAUACAGUGGAGCAGAAUGUGCUGAUUAUGGUGAUCCUCGUGGAUGAUGAGACCCCCAGGACAGCAAUCAACAGUGGUCUAGAAGUAGAGAUUGGCAAGUCAAAGGUCAUCUCUAGUCAAGACCUUAAAGCCACAGACAUCAAUUCAGUGGACAAGAGCCUUGUUUAUGUCAUCGAGGCACCUGUGCUGUGUUUCUUACAGCAUCUGAACAGACAAGAGGAAGCGCUGUGCAACAUUACACAAGGCACAAACUUCACACAAGAUGAUUUAGACCAGGGUUUUAUCCACUAUGUUCACACUGGCCUACAUGGAGUGCGUGAUCUCAUUUAAUUUGAUGUUACUGAUGGUAUUAAUGCCUUGAUAGACAGGUACUUCUGUAUUAUCAUUGGUAGCAUUGAUAUGGCCUUCCCUGAGGUGAUCAACAAGGGGUUAAGUCUGAAAGAAGGUGGAAAGGACACAACUGAUCUGCUCAGCACAAGUGAUGUUAACAGUCCUGAUGAAAAUUUGCAUUUCAGUCUGGUCCCAGUCUGGGGCCAUCUAGAGAACUUGGACAGUCCUGGAGUACCUGUUGUUUCCUUUACUCAACUCCAACUUGCUGGCAACAAGAUUUACUACAUUCACACUGCAGAGGAUGAGGUGAACAUGGACAGUUUUGAGUUUGAAGUGACAGAUGGGUAUAACCCAGUCUUCCGUACCUUCAGGGUCUCCCUCACAGAUGUAGACAAUAAAAAGCCGAUUGUAACUAUUGGUGACCUGGUGUAGGAAGGGGAGACCAGGCUGAUCACCCCUUUUGAACUGACUGUGGGAGACGGGGAUGCACCUGACCAUUUACUCCUAUUCACAGUCACUCAGGUUCCAGUGCACGGCCAGAUUUUGUACACCACCACCUACCCGGUGAGUAGCUUCACCAAACAAGACUUGAAUGAGAAACAUAUCAGCUACAGACGUGAUGGUACAGAAACCAGCCAGCAUAGUUUCUCCUUCUCUGUGACUGAUGGGACCCACACAAACUUCUCUAUUUUCCCUGACACUAGCAAGACGAUUUGUCAACCUCAGAUGAUGAGGAUUCAGGUCAGCUCACUGAAUAACAGAGUGCCCCAGGUAGUGGUGAACAAGGGUGCCCCUCCUCUGAGAAGACUUCCAGCUGGACACCUAGGCUUCCUGAUCACUACUGAUAUUGAUGAAAUGAAGAUCAUCUACAUCCUGAAGGAAGGUGAUAAUGCUACCAGUGACAUCUUCUGUUUCUCCAUUGAAGACAAUGAUACCAACAGCGUAAGAAAAGCUGUGGCAAUAGAUGUGUGCAGCUAUAACAACCAUACUAGAAUAGAGGAACUGGAUGACAGUAUUGUUUUUAAGAGGCACGAAAUAAUUGUUCCACUCAGUGCCAGUGAACCUGCUUUCUACUUCGGUAACACUGAGUAUCGAGCUGAUGAAAGUGCUGGUUAUGUGGACAUCCGUGUCCGGAGGACUGGAACAGAUCUGUCCAAAGCAGCUUCUGUCACGGUGUGUUCCAGAAAAACAGAACCAGUGUCAGCAGAGGUAGUAACUGACCAUACAAGUCUUGUUGCUUCCCAAACAACUGGGGUUGAUUAUGUGGGUAUCAGCCGCAACCUGGAUUUUACACCAGGAGUCAACACGCAAGUGUUUCAUGCGAUCAUCCUUGAUGAUUUGGGCCAGCCUGUUCUGGAAGGUCUGGAGAAGUUUGAACUAGUUCUCUGUGUGCCCACGAAUGCAGUGCUUGGAAAGCCUAGCAAAACUACUGCCUUUAUCAAUGACACUGUCACUGACUUGUGUUGCUAUUCCCGCCAGGGUUCUGCCCAAGUUAUGAUGGACUACAAGGAGAGGCCAAAUACAGAUGAGCCUCUGGUGGUGCUUCUCCCAGAAACAGUGAUUAAAUUCUCUGAAAUAAAACACAGCAUUCAGGAGCCCCAGGAACCUGGAGAAGUUGUACUAGUAAGAAUCCAUCUUCUAUGCCACAGUGAUAGCUCCAAAGUAUCUGUUGCCAGAGUGCACACUGAGAAUGGCUCAGCCGCCUCAGGGGAAGACUGCAAUCCAAUGUCAGAAGAUAUUGAAUUCAGAGAAGGAGAGACCGAGCAUUUUGUUGAAGUAGAGAUUCUGUAUGAUGGCAUAAGAGAAAUGAGAGAAGCGUUUAUUGUCCACCUGAAAGCUGAUGAGAACAUGAUGGCAGAGACACAGCUUUUCUCUCUCUCAACUCAGAUGAGUAAAGCUGUUGUGUGCAUUGAAGAAAUGGACAGUGUUGCAGAUGUGACGUAUCCAGCUGUGCCCCAGGUUGUCUCACUUAUGACGUAUGACGAUGCUGCUCCAACUGGCUAUCUUGUUGUCUGUGUAACAGCAGGCUCCAGGCUUCAGUGUGCAGCUCGAGCUAUGAAUGCCAAUGGUGAUGCAGAUCUGGAGCUGCCAAGUCCAAUUUAUACAGUAAACAGAGAGGAAGGUUUUUGCCAACCUCACAUCCCAUGAGGUGUAGGAGCAGAACCUUUCUCAGCUAAAAUUCGCUGCAUGGGUCCAGAUGAUCCUCACCAUCGCAAUCUGAUCCGACUAACAGUCACAAUGCCCCAUAUGGAUGGAAUGCUGCCAGUUAUCUCCACGCGCCCCUUAUCCAGCUUUGAGCUAAUGCUUAGCCCAGAUGGCACUCGUGUGGGACACCACAAGCGCUCCAACCUGCUGGACUAUAGUGAGAUCCAGACCAAACAUGGGUUUAUUACAGAGGAAACUAAGAACCCCAAAGUGAUUGGAGAAACCUCACCUUACCAGUACAGCAGCGCUCUGCAGUCUGCCAAAACCUUGCAUUUCUACCAGAACCUUAACCUUGAGGCUUGCCUUUGGGAGUUCAACAGUUACUACGAUAUGCCCGAGCUUCUGAUGGAUUGCAGUGGCUCCGUUGGCACCGAUGGGCAGAGAUGCGGCACUGAAGUGCCUUCCUCUCUCAACAGGAGGCUUUGGAAGAACAAGUCCAGCAGAAAGUGUUACUGGGAGUGUGUGAGAAAGGUCUUAAAUCCAGUGCAGCCGUAUGUAACUCUGUGGGUGCCUCUGUCUCCUACAUCUUCCACUCCCCUGCUGCCGUUGGUGUCUGGCAACGUUUUGAUUUGCAGUCUGGUCAGUGAGCCAGUGGCAGCAGAGUUCAGUCUAAAUACUCAAACGUUUCUGCUAUCUAAAAAGGAGCUUUGGAUAUCGGAUGCAUCAAUGGGAUCUGGAGAAGGAGCUGAUGUAGCCUUCACCAAGGGAUAUGAAAUCUAUGGCCGAGUGAUGGUGGAUCCAGUUCAGAAUCUCGGUGACUCCUUCAACUGCAACAUCGAGAAGGUGCUCCUUUGCACUGGUGCCAAUGGGUACGUGCCCAAGUAUAGCCCAGACAAUCAGGAAUACGGAUGCCUGGCUGACUCGCCCUCCUUCUUGUUCAGAUUCAAGAUCCUGGUUAAAGCUCACCCUGAGACUCAAGCAAGAGCCUUUGAAAACCUGGAGUUUUGUGCUACAUUAGCAGCCGAUCAUGCAGAUGCUUCUCCUCUAGUAAAACAGCCUGGUUCUGGUGGUUUCAGCCUGUCAUCUGCUCCACUUUUCCAGGUGGCAGCUGGCCGAGAAUGGGACAUUCACACUAUUUACACGGUCCGAUCGAAGGAAAAUGCACACAGGGACCAUGGCAAAAGAAGUCUUGACCACCACAUGUUGUCCUCUGCUAAAGGAAGAGUUAGCACCACAGCCUUUAAAUGCAGCGGAAGAGCCAACCUGGGCACCCCGGCCUUCAUGCAAGACAUCAGAGCAGAUAAGAACAGGGGCACGAAUAUUCAGCAUAUUGCGCUUGACCGUUCUGGCAAAGCCGUCAUCAUCCAGAAAGACGUGGUCCCAGCUGGUGUGCCGCAUCACAGGCCAGUUCUGGCAAUCACAAGCAGGGACUCUGGAACCAAUAUCGUGCCCGUUACUGGAGGCCUGACAGGACUGCUGUCUCUGCUCUGCACUGUGGUCAUACUCCUUUUUUUGCUGAAGCAGAGGAAACAGCCCUCUGCUGGGAAAAGCAAAGCGCCCAUCGGCGACUCCAGCAGCAGUGACGCUACGACCACACGACCCAGCAGCAGUGACCGGUCAGAAGUCUAGCCAAUUCUUGGGUGCUCGUUUUUUUUAACGUGUAGUUUCACCACAAAGCACACGCUCGAGUCCAGCUCUCGGCUGACUCCUUUGCACAGACAGGCCGCUCUGGGUCUAAUGCUGGUUUGACUACUUGUAUCGGGCAGCUAUCUCUGACAGGGUUGGUGUACUAGGUUCAUGUGUGACUGACUGACUUAGAGAAUUCAAACUAGUACUUGAUGAAUGGGAGUUGAGGCUUUUUUUUUUAAAUAAAACCUAGCUUUUAAGUU